ACCAAUUCCCUUUUUUCUCUUAUAUUUGUUUCCCAAACACUAUUGUUUCGCUUGAGUGGUCGCAUUGGUGUUCUAAUGCUGGCAAUUGUUCAAGGAAUUGCUGUUGUAUUUGACUAGGCUAAUUAGGUUUAUAACAUUUAGGGGAAACAAACAAAAUGACACUUGAAAACGAUCAAAUUCUGCUUGGAAGUGGUCCACAGGAGCAGUUCAACGAGGCUUCCAUUAUGCAAAUGGCCCUCACCGGUAACUAUAGUGAUACCUCAUUCACCGACGACGAUGACUUUGGUGAUGCCCUGGCAGAACAGCGUGACGAUCCGGAUAGGACAAGCGUUACGAGCAAACAUGCACCAAAAGCAAACCCCCAUUCACUCCCGCAAACUCCCCCGAAAGCUCGUGAAAGUCCGGAACCAUUAAAGCUAAGCCAGCAUAAGGAACAAUUUCAUGAACCUCCUAAACACAACCAGGACGAACAACAUUCACAGCAAAUGACUGGAAACAGAUCCACACCAGUCUCCAGUACUGCUAAUGACGAUAGUUUUGGGCUCUACGAACUGGAAAGAUUAAAGGAACUUGUUGACGAGUCAUCUUCUUCCCUUUUGGGCUUGUCGGAAGAUGAUUCUCUCACACAGAGUCCCGUAGACAGCAUUAGUACCAACCAUUCAGCUCCCGUUAUCCCUCCGAAGAACAAGUCGAGAAGACGUAAACCAAGAGGACAGCGAGCCAGCACUGGAUCCGAGCCUAUCCACGAAAGUGCAUCUAUGACGGAGAGGUCCUCGGAGACCGGCUCAAUUGAUGCCAAGUUUACUCAAACAAGCGAUGUUGAAGUGACAAGAAAAGAUAGUUGGAAGUCGGUCGCGGAGUCGUACUCUACUGCUGCCGCUGCCGCUGCUUCUGUUGCUGCCGCCAAGAACAAGUCAGCGGUUAGCUCAACGCAACCCCGUGAACACGUUGCUAGUGGGUCAAUAAAUUCUUUCACUUCGGUCGUGUCUACUCGGACCGAACUUCGCGAGGCUUUCUCUGAUCAUGAACACUAUCGACAACAAGACGUCGUUCCUGAAGUUGCAAACGUGCAUCGGUUAAUUGAAGAUAAAACAGUUUCUCCCAUUCCUGAAACUUCUUCAACCGUUUCGGCCGUGGUAAACAGUCCGCCAGCUGUCAAGCCUGCGACUGAAGUUUUACCCGCAGCAGCGAGCCCUGAAUCAAAAGAAACUUUUGAUAAGAACCAAGAUACGCUUUAUGCUAAUGAACAACAAUCAUCACCGGUGCGUCCUCGUUCUGUACCGUCGCUCGUUAACCAAGUUCCCGUGCAUGAUCUUUUCUCCCGACCCAAAUCUACCCUUAAUAUUCAAAAUGAAAUCAUGGAAAUGGAGCGUAUGUUCAACGAGCUUAAGGGAGCCACUCCGAAAAACGUUCGAACAUCUACUCCCAACGCAUUAAACAACAAGCCUCCUCUCCCUCCGCGAACGGAAUUCAUUCCUAACAUCGUUGUUCAUCCUGCCAGCGAAGCGAAUUCAACUGCCCCUUCAUCCAGCGGCGCGAAUGAUGUUUUCGUGCCCGAGCCAGUUACUGCUAAGAGCGCUGUGCCUGCGCUAGCAACACAAGAGGAAAUCCAAUCACCUACCUCUACUCACAUCGCUGCAAAUGCACACUUUGUCAGUGAUCAAGAAAUCGAAUUUCCCAUUCAUCGCUUGCGCUGUGCAUUCCUUUAUGAAUUUAUAAAGAAGCAAGACAAAAUGGAAAUUUCCGUUCAGUACGCCUUACACGAUAUGCUCGAAAAGUCAAAGGUGCAAUUAGCGAAUGCUGAUUUAUUUGAAUUACUGAAACAACUUCUGGAUCGUCCCCUCGAAGUUCUUGUUAAGCAGUCAGAAGUUUUGGAUUCCGUUUUGACUUCGCAUACAUCUCCGCACGUUCAUACAGCUUUGUGGAGAAUUAUAAGAGGCUUGCUGAAUUCGAGGAAAGAUCUGCACUAUCGUGCUCUUUCUACCGAAAAGUGUCCUUCGGAUAAACAAAUCUGUAAAGAUUUAAGUCGCACAUUUUCUGAAGAAACCCUUGGACGAUUUGUGUCCAACACAAUGAAACGUGGUAGUGCGAAAGAGGAGCCUCCUCACGCAGUGCUUCACCGUGUUCUGAAAGCAUACGCAGUGCAUGAUCCUGCUGUUGGUUACACUCAAGGCAUGUCUUGGAUUGCAGGCACCCUGCUGCUAUACCUACAGGAAGAGGAAGCUUUCCAAGCCUUUGUAUUAUUAUUUGAAGAGUAUGGAUUACGUUCACUUUUCUCUCCUGGCAUGAACGGUCUUAGUAGGUUGAUGUACCAGUUUUCCCGGUUACUUGAGGACACCAUGCCUCGUUUGGCCAUUCAUUUUUAUCGUGAGCAACUGGAUCCUUGCGCAUACGCGUCAGAGUGGUUCCUCACUCUUUUCGCCUAUCGCUUUCCUUUGGAUUUGGCUGCCCAUAUAUACGACCAUGUUUUCGUGUAUGGUCCCAAUGUGCUUUUGUACUUUGCACUAGCAUUACUAAAGCAGGAAGAGCGGCAUUUGCUUAAACUCCGCGUUGCUCCUCUCGUUUCUUUUCUCAAAGAAGACAUUUUUCAAAAGUUCCAUGCCAACAGUCAGUAUGGUUUGUUGUUAAUGAAGUUGGUGAGAAGUUUCCCUCUCACAAACGAGCAAGUUAAUUAUUACGGUCGCCAAUUUGACGAUCAGUACAAUAUGGAAUGCAAACUCCAGGAAGAACUUAGUGCAUUGACGGAAGAGCACGAGCGGCUUAAAAGGCAAAUGCAAGAACUUUCACAUCGGAAAAAAGCACUGCAAACGGAGCACCGCCGAAUGAGCUCUCUUUUCACACGGGAGGUCUUGGAUAUGAAACGCAAUCUUGGUAUUCAAGCCCAUUUACGAUCUGAGAUUGAGCAACUGAAAGAGUCUUUCAAGAAGCAACAGCGUGAUAUUGAAGAAGAGUUUCGUGGGGGAAUGGAGGCUGCCAUUGCAGAAAACCUUGACAUUAUGGGCGUGAAUCAACAACUUGAGGAUAGUCUCUUUGAAAAGGAAAAGACUCUUGCAGAAGCCAAGGUUAACCUUGCUACUCUUGAUGGCGACUAUACCGUGGCUCUUCAAAAGUGGAGACGUCUUCAGAACACCGUUGCUUCUGAUGUUUAAAGUGUUCCUGCGUAUUGUUAAAUACUUUUUCCAUUUUCCAAUACUUUGUUUCAGUUGUUUAUUAUUUUCAAACGACAAACCCCGUUUUUGGGGAACGAGAAACCAACCGUAUUCUGUCAUUAAAAGAUGCAUUAUCAUUCAUAUGGACAUUCAUCAUUAAUUUAUUUAUUAACGUUUCCUAAAAAAAAAAUAUUACCGCAAGUGCAGAUGGAAGAAUAUUUUGUUUUAAGGUAAUGCUUUAAUAUGUCUCAUGAGUUUUAUCAGCGUGAAUAAAAGUACAUUGUAUGAAUAGGGGUAAAACAUUUAAAACAGAC